AUGAAUGGAAUAAAUUCAAUACAAAGUCAAAUCCCAGCUUCAUUGGGUAAUUUCACAACACCAACUACAUUAAACAUGCUGGAUUUGAGAUUAAUGUAUCAUUAUACAAAAGUGGUUGCACCAUCAAUUACAAAAGCUGGUAUUUCCGAGGAAAAAAUUUGGAGUGAAGAUAUUCCAGGUUUAGCCUUCAAUUAUCCAUUUUUAAUGCAUUCAAUAUUGGCAUUUUCCGCUACUCAUCUUUCAAGAACUGUUAAAGGUUUAGAAAACUGUGUCACAACUCAUCGCGGUGAAGCUUUGAGAUUAUUAAGAGAAGCCGUACUGGAGAUUUCAUCAGAUAAUACAGAUGCUCUAGUUGCUUCUGCUUUAAUAUUAAUUAUGGAUUCAUUGGCUAAUGCCUCAUUACCAACUUCUUUAUCACCAACGUCAUUGCCAGCUUCUGCUUGGAUCUUCCAUGUCAAAGGUGCUGCUACGAUAUUAACAGCUGUUUGGCCAUUGCCUGUUACUUCAAGAUUUUACAAGUUCAUUUCAGUGGAUUUGAGUGAUUUGGGUGAUAUUAUAAAUGAAAAAAAUGGAUCAAUUUCAGAACUUGUUUGCUUUGAUGAUUCAAUUGCAGAUUUAUACCCUGUUGAAUAUGAUUCUCCAUAUUUAAUCACAUUAGCAUAUUUGGAUAAAUUACAUAAAGAAAAGUAUAAAUCUGAUUUCAUCUUGAGAAUAUUUGCAUUCCCAGCAUUAUUAGACAAGACUUUUUUAGCUUUAUUAAUGUCUGGUGAUUUAUCAGCAAUGAGAAUCAUGAGAAGUUAUUAUUCACUAUUGAGAGGAUUCACUACUGAAAUGAAGGAUAAAGUUUGGUUUUUAGAAGGUGUUUCCAAAGUAUUACCAGCAGAUGUUGAUGAUUAUAGUGGUGGUGGUGGUAUGCAUAUGAUGUUGGAUUUCCUUGGAGGUGGAUUACCUUCAAUGACUACAACAAAUUUGGCUCCAGGUCUGAAUAUUGACAUUAAUGAUCAUUUUAUGAAUCCAUGA